ACAUGAUGAACGAUAUGAAUAUAACAAACGUCACGAACGCUGUAACAUCGACGAUGUUACUUGACAACGUCAGAAAUUAUACGACCACUGCUGAGAAUAACAUUUCUGAUGAACCAUCUGAAAUAUACUUGUAUUCUACCGAAGAUGUAGGAAAUAAUCAACAAUUAUGGAAUGUUUCUAAAGCUACAACAUCAUUGCCUAAUAACACUGUAGUUUCCUUUGAAACUUCAAGCACCAGUAUAUACGUGUCUACAACAACAGAAGCUUUUGACGAAUUUGGCCCACCAGAAGGAAUAGAAUACAUUUUUGUACCACUCGGUGUAGUGGUCUUUGUUAUUGUAUUGUCAGCUGUGGUAUGGGUGAUAAUUAUAUCAAGAAAAAGAAAGUUAGAGCGCUUAAGGCACAGACUUAUGCCAAUGUACAAUUUUGAUCCCGGUGAAGAAGAAGAAGAUGACUGGGAAACUGAAUUGUUGGAAGAAUGUUAUAAUAAUCACCAAAGACGUCAAGGAUAUCAGUCUAUGGAUACUGAAGAAAAUGCUGAACUCUUUGGAAAUCAUUGAUAAAGACAGAAGUAGCUCUUCAAAAUCUUUGUACUGUCUACAAUUUGACAUAGAUUAAAACUUACAGUAUUUAUUAGAUUUAUACAUUUACUUAAUGUUUGAACAGGCGUGUGUGUAUAUGUAUAUAUAGUACGCAUAUACAUAUGUCCUGUCGUGUGUUCAUUGCAAAUUCAGGACAAAGUUCAAGAUUCACAAGUUUGAACUAAAACAAGAUUUUUCAAAUCAUGUCUGAACAUUAGAAUGUAAACUUUUAACAAUCAAAUUAUGUAGGAGUAAUAGAAUUUACUAAUUUUUCUUUGACGUGG